CAGGUGUAAUGCGCUCCGUCAGCGGCGGCUCAUGACAGGCGGGGAGGGGGAAGGAAGAAGUGGAAGCCGCGGAUCCAUCUUCAAGAGAAAAUAGGAAAGACACCGCGUUUCCACCAGUUUUAUUUCGUUUUUUUAGCGGCACCUUUCCUUGUAAAUACGUGUCAGGGAGCCCGAGGUGAGGGCUGUGUCAUUGUCUGUAGGAUGUCCCGACAUGAAGGUGUGAGCUGUGACGCGUGUUUAAAAGGGAACUUCAGGGGGCGCCGAUACAAGUGUUUAAUUUGCUACGACUACGACCUGUGUGCGUCGUGUUACGAAAGUGGAGCCACCACAACACGACACACCACCGAACACCCCAUGCAGUGCAUACUAACCAGGGUAGACUUCGAUCUGUAUUACGGUGGAGAGGCGUUUUCAGUAGAGCAGCCCCAGUCGUUUACUUGUCCCUACUGUGGCAAAAUGGGUUACACAGAAACGUCUCUACAGGAACACGUAACCUCGGAGCAUGCAGAGACAACCACAGAGGUGAUCUGCCCCAUAUGUGCAGCUUUGCCCGGAGGCGACCCCAAUCAUGUGACGGACGACUUCGCUGCUCAUCUCACACUUGAACACAGAGCACCAAGAGAUUUAGAUGAGAGCAGCGGGGUGCGGCACGUGCGCCGGAUGUUUCACCCUGGGCGUGGGCUCGGCGGCCCUCGGGCACGGAGGACUAACAUGCACUUUACCAGCAGCUCCACUGGGGGGCUCUCAUCCUCACAAAGCUCCUCUUACUCCCCUAGCAAUCGGGAAGCCAUGGACCCUAUAGCGGAGCUGCUGUCUCAGCUGUCAGGAGUUCGGCGCUCGGCAGGCGGUCAGCUGAACCCUUCAGGCCCUUCAGCCUCGCAACUACAGCAGUUGCAGAUGCAGUUGCAACUCGAGCGGCAGCAGGCGCAGGCGGCACGUCAGCAACUGGAAACGGCGCGCAACGCCACGCGCCAGCGCAGCAACGCGAGCAACAUCAGCGCCAGUGUGCCACCACCUAGCACUGCAACAAACACAGCCAUAACCGAGAGCAACCCGAUGGCCUCCCACAGCUCCCAGUUCCUCCUCACACGGUUGAACGAGCCGAAGAUGUCUGAGGCGGAGCGUCAGGCUCUGGAGUGCGAGCGCGCCGAUCGGAGCCUGUUCGUGCAGGAGCUGCUGCUGUCUACGCUGAUGCGUGAGGAGAGCUCCUCCUCCGACGAGGACGAGCGGCGAGACUUCGCAGACUUCGGCGCCAUGGGCUGCGUGGAGAUCAUGCCCUUGGACGUGGCGCUGGAGAGCCUCAACCUGAAGGAAAGCUCUGCAGGCAAAGAGCCUCCACCUCCUCCUCUUUGAUGAUAUCCCACCACCACGCAGACAAUGUCCUCUGUGCUGUAACUGCCAAUGACGGUGGGCAAACACACAGCUCUCACUUUUUUUUUUUCUGGUUAUUAUUAUUAUUUUUUUUUUGUUUGUUUGGUUUUUUUUUUUGUUUUGUUUUUUAAAAAAUAAUUUUAUUUUGCUUUUUUCUUUUUUUGGUGAUUUUCAGGUCUGUCACCUGUUACAUUGUAAAAAUCCAUAAAGAGCGAGAAUGAGGGAGUGAAAGUGAGAGAGACCGAGAAAGAGAGAAAAAGAACAAGCGUGUGAAAGACAGCGAGCGCGCAGAAGACAAUGAAAUUGUAUGGUGUGUGUGUGUGUGUUGAUAAUCAGUUCCACAUGACUAAUUUUUUUUCCUUUAGCAGGUGAGCGUAGGUAGCUGCGGCAGACCUUCAGCUUCCUGCGUCUAACAAAAAAAAAAAGGCUCUCCUUAUAUAAAUACUCCACAUUCUAAAACUGAAGACAGAGUCCUUCUUUAAUGAAGCUGCUGUGUGUAUUUAUGAAUAGUAAUUAAUAAAAAGUGCUUGGAUGGUUUACCAUAA